GGCGCGCGGUAGGGGAGGGGACGACGCACAGGACACGGAGGAAUGGCCUGACUUUCUGCGUUAAACCAUCACGAGCCAUGGAUGCGCAAGGGCAACGCGCCCCCCAGUAGGAGAAUGACUACGAUUCGAGACCCUCAGCGCCCGAGCGUGUCGCAGAGGAGGAGAGCCAGGAGAGCGCGGGCUGGGGCCGCCAAGCCACUCUGCCUGAAGGUCGCCGGGAACCUCCGCCCUUCAUCUUCCUCCGAAAUCCGCCAGGCCACACCAAGCUUCCCUGCCCAGCCCUCGCUGACGGAGGCCACCUUUUCUCAGCAGAGGCAGCCAGACCUUGACACAAAGGACAUCACACUGCUGGAGGAAAAUCCGAAAGGGCGGACACCUUGACGUCUCUCCUUUUGCUACUUUUCCCUUUAUUGCCGGAGGCUGUCUUCGACUGGGGAAGGUGGUGAACAGUUGAGAGUCCUUUGUGUCUCGCUCUGCGAUGCAGACCCAGUUUUUAUCGCACUGUUUUUCCGGUGGAAACCUAACUGCCGCCAGGAUCACCUACUUUCUCAGACUAAUCCAUGGUGAUAUAUUUACUGAGUGCCUACUGUGUACCAGGCGCUAUAUCUAUAUGCAUAGAAAAACCCUGGAAGGUCAUACUCCAAUACAUAUGCAGUGAUUGUCUUUGCUUGCUGAGAUAACAGGGGUGUCAAGCUUAUAUUUUUGCUGCUAUCUACUUGUAAAUACAUUCAGAACAGGAGAAUUUGGAUAAAUUUUUUGACUACAGGUACUUUCUAAACAUGAUGCAUUUCAAAAGUGGACUCGAAUUAACUGAGUUGCAAAACAUGACAGUGCCUGAAGAUGAUAACGUCAGCAAUGAUUCCAAUGAUUUCACUGAAGUAGAAAAUGGUCAAAUAAAUAGCAAGUUUAUUUCUGAUCGUGAAAGUAGAAGAAGUCUCACAAACAGCCAUUUGGAAAAAAAGAAAUGUGAUGAAUAUAUUCCAGGAACAACCUCCUUAGGCAUGUCUGUUUUUAACCUAAGCAACGCCAUUAUGGGAAGUGGGAUUUUGGGACUCGCCUUUGCCCUGGCCAACACCGGAAUCCUACUUUUUCUGAUACUCUUGUCUUCAGUGACACUGCUGUCUAUAUAUUCAAUAAACCUUCUGUUGAUCUGUUCAAAGGAAACAGGCUGCAUGGUUUAUGAAAAGCUGGGAGAACAGGUCUUUGGCACCACAGGGAAGUUUGUAAUCUUUGGAGCCACCUCUCUGCAGAACACUGGAGCAAUGCUGAGCUACCUCUUCAUAGUAAAAAAUGAACUACCCUCUGCCAUAAAGUUUCUGAUGGGACAGGAAGAGACAUUUUCAGCCUGGUAUGUGGAUGGCCGUGUUCUGGUGGUGAUAGUUACCUUUGGCAUAAUUCUCCCUCUGUGUCUCUUGAAGAAUUUAGGGUAUCUUGGCUAUACCAGUGGAUUUUCCUUGAGCUGUAUGGUUUUUUUCCUAAUAGUGGUUAUCUACAAGAAAUUUCAACUUUCCUGCAAUGUUCUGGAGCUAAAUUCAACAAACUCUGCUGCUAAUUCAACAAAUGCUGACAUGUGUAUGCCAAAAUAUGUUACCUUCAAUUCAAAGACCGUGUAUGCACUACCAACUAUUGCAUUUGCAUUUGUCUGUCACCCAUCAGUCCUGCCAAUUUACAGCGAGCUUAAAGAUCGAUCACAGAAAAAGAUGCAGAUGGUUUCAAAUAUUUCCUUUUUCGCCAUGUUUGUUAUGUAUUUCUUGACUGCCAUUUUUGGCUACUUGACAUUCUAUGAAACUGUGGAAUCAAACCUCCUUCACAAGUACCAGAGUAAAGAUGACAUUCUCAUCCUGACAGUGCGGCUGGCUGUCAUUGUUGCUGUCAUCCUCACAGUGCCGGUGUUAUUUUUCACAGUUCGCUCAUCUUUAUUUGAACUGGCUAAAAAAACAAAGUUUAAUUUAUGUCGUCAUAUCUUUGUUACCGUCAUACUCUUGGUUAUUAUCAACUUGUUGGUGAUCUUCAUACCCUCCAUGAAGGAUAUUUUUGGAGUCGUGGGAGUUACAUCUGCUAAUAUGCUUAUUUUCCUUCUUCCUUCAUCUCUUUAUUUAAAAAUCACAAACCAGGAUGGAGAUAAAGGGACUCAAAGAAUUUGGGCCGCCCUUUUCUUGGGUCUGGGGGUCUUGUUUUCCCUGGUCAGCAUUCCCUUGGUCAUCUACGACUGGGCCUGCUCAUCGGGUAAUGGUGAAGGCCGCUGAAACCACCUAAGAAAAGGAAACAUUCUGGUCUGCUGCUCAGUCAAGUCACCACACAUCAGCAACCCUCAUCACUUCUUUUGCAAGUUUACAGAAGCAAACAGAAAUUUACAAGAUUCUUAAAAUGGAAUAACACUUUGGUAGCAAAAUAGGGACCUGUUUCUAUAAUGGUUCAUGUUCCUCCAAGAUUUGGGAUCAAGUUAAGGAUUGUGGAUUUUUUUUCAAAUUUCAUGCAAUCGUAUUUACCAGUACUUUCCACAGUCAGUUAUUUUUCAUUCUCCUAACUCUGAUUUUUGUGACUUCAUGGUCUCUCAGAACUUUGAAAACAUGAUCAUCAAUCAUGUUUAUUUAUUAUACAUCCAGAUUCUGAAAUAAUUUUCCUACAGAUAUUCAGCUCACACUAUGUGUACCUUUUUAAAAGAAAAGAAAAGAAUCUUGAAUUGUAUAUAUUUAUUUUGAUUUAUGGGGAAAAAUGGUUUCAUAAAUAAUUUGCCUAUUUUGGUUAACAUAGCACACAGGGAUAAUCAUAUGAGAGUCACAGGGCACAUGCCAUUGCUGGAUCAGAGCAUGCUCAAUAUUUGAAGUGGCUCUGAUCAUCUGGCAGCAGAGCUCCAGUAGUCUGGUGGCCUCACUGGUACUAAGUCCUGCUCCAUGCAGAUACAUUCUCUGGCGAGUGCUCUCAGCUGGGAAGGGGGUGGAAAUGAUUCUUAUGUAUAGUAAAUAUAUUAAACUACACAUUUGAGUAAUCUAGCGAAUGAAGUCUUGUUACCCUCUUGCAACUUGUGUCUAAUAAAUUGAGGAGAAAGAAUACUGCAAGAAAGAUUGUGCAAAAUGCCUAAGAAAAUAUUCUUCUGAUGCAGGAAGCCUUCAGCCCUACAGCCUACACCAUAUUGUUGAAGGGGGGAAAUGUUUUAUUAAAUUGCAAAUCCAGCAGCUUUUAUUCAUGUCCACCAGCUUUUUGCACAGAGAAUAAUGUAUAUCUAAUCGAGGAUGAUCUAGGAUGAGUAAUUCCUGUUUUAUAUUGGGUACUUCAAGGGGAUCUUUAAAAAACUUGUUUUAUAUCUAUAAGUUUAGAUUAAUACAAAUACAAGAUUUUUGUAUCUAAAUAAGCCUCAUUCCUAUUUCUUCUCCAUUAACAAUCCAUCCAGAGUCUUGAAAAAAAAAAAAAGAAAAAGAAAGAGAACCCUCAGAGAUAGUCUUUGAGAAGAAUUUGUGACAAAAUCACUGAAUACCU